AUGGCUUUAGAAGUGUACCAGCGGUAUGAAAUUGUCUUUUUAUCUGAACAUCCACUAGGACCGAAGCUCAGCCAUUCGGCUGUAGCGAAGGCAGUUCAUUGUGGUGUAACGGCAGUCAAACAUUGGCUCAAGCGAUGGAAGCAAUCAAAAGAUUUGACCAAUGCACCUCGAUCUGGACGACCACGUGCAACCACUCCAAAACAGGAUCAACAAGUUGUUGCGCUUGCUGAACAACAAACAUUCGUUACAAGUGAAAACAUUGCGAAGCAGUUGAACAAAAAGGGAGUAAAGAUUAGCCAGAGAACGGUACGGAGACGUUUGAACGAAGCGGGUGCCAAAUACAAUAAACCUUUAUCAAAGCCACUUCUCACCGACAAUCAUCGAGAGAAACGCAAGGGGGAAAAGAGUGAUUUCCAGGCUAGAAAUCAACUGGAAAUCACAAGAAAUCGUGGAAAUCAUAAGAAAUCAUAA